CAGACCAAACCAUUCAACGAUUCGCAUAUCUCACUCGCUCUGAAACUUCCUCUCUGAUUUUGUUUCCUAUCUCUCAUUCCUAGCAAAACCAGACAUACUACUGCUCAAGCAUGAUAUCCUUUGCUUCCAUUCAGCUUCCUCCUCCUCCUCACCACCAGCACCACCACCACACCCUCGUUUCUGCCCAUCUCCACAAAACUACAAUGUACCAACCAAACCGCUUCAAAGAUUUUCCCCGCAUGUCAUCCAUUUCAUCGAAUGCUCGACCAAUCCACAGCGGUGGAAGUUCUCUGGCCUCUGUUGCUCCUUUGGAAGCAAUACUUUUCGACAUUGAUGGAACAUUGUGUGACUCGGAUCCUCUCCAUUUUUAUGCUUUUCGCGACAUGCUUCAAGAAAUAGGUUUCAAUGGAGGAACUCCCAUCACCGAGGAAUUCUUCAUCAAAAAUAUUAGUGGAAAGCAUAAUGAAGAACUACGCGAAAUCCUCCUUCCUGAUUGGGAAAUCCAAAGAUCCCGCAAGUUCUUGGAAGAUAAAGAAGCAUUGUUUCGAAGAUUGGCAUCGGAACAAUUACAGCCUAUGAAGGGCUUGCAAAAGUUGUGCAAAUGGAUUGAGGAUUGCGGUUUGAGAAGAGCUGCUGUUACUAAUGCUCCAAGAUCAAAUGCUGAGCUUUUAAUAUCCAUGUUAGGUCUGUCAGAUUUCUUCGAAAUUCUUGUUCUUGCGAGUGAAUGUGACCGCGUAAAACCAUUUCCUGACCCCUAUCUGAAAGCCCUCCAAGAACUUGACAUUUCUCAUAAGCAUGCCUUUGUGUUCGAGGACUCUGUUUCAGGGAUAAAAGCAGGGAUGGGUGCUGGGAUGCCAGUAGUGGGUUUAGGUACAAGGAACCCUGAGCAGUUAUUGAUAGAAGCUGGAGCUGUUUUUGUUAUUGCGGAUUUUGACGACCCAAAGCUGUGGACAGAAUUAGAAGAAAUGGAGAUAAAGGCAGAGGCAACCACAGCCACCAAAUAGAAACAGUGAUACAACGCGACUCGUGUAAUAAAUCAAGGGGCGAAGCAUUAUGUAACCCCAGGAGCUAGUUAUGUAUGGCUGCAUUGGCUGCAUAACACCUUGACCUAAUGAAAGUAGAGCUAUAGCAUAUUGGAUUUU